CCUCAGGAUCUCGAGCCGGUCGACACGUGAAGCACUCGAGAGUGCUUUCAAUGUUCAAAUCUACAAUCGCUCACUUAUUACAGAUUUCGUUCCGUCAAUUAAGAUUACAUGGAGCAAAAUGCAGUGAAAACAGAAUUGCUCUUAUUUUUUCUUACAAAAGUGACAAAGAAUGGGAAUACAGAAGUUAAAAUUAUGAACAACAGCAUAAACAUCUCGUCAACAGAAGCGUACGCAGCUACAUCGAAAAGAUCUCUCAUUAUCGAAGAACAGGACGCAAUUGUGACACUAGUGAUCGUUGUGAUUGGUAUCAUAAUUGCUAUCGUGGUGCUAUUCUCGAUGGGUAUCUUCAUAGACUGCAAACAUCAAAAGGAUUCCAUGAGAAAAAGAAGAUUAAGGUUGAAAAUGCCGCCGCUAUCACGAAGAAAGCAAAAAGACGAUGUGAAAGCGUUGGCUUCGAAUAUGUAUCCUAAUGAUACCGGAUGCUAGCAAUACCGAUAAUCACAGUGUGUUACAAUUCGUGUUAUGGAAAACUAUGGAAAAAAUCUGAAAUCUACAUUUUUUUAUAAUGAUAUUAAUUAAUAAUUAAUAUUGAAAAGUUAAGAAAAAUAUUACAUAAAAAAUAUAUAGGCUCAUAUUAAUAAAUAAAUUAAACAUUAGGAUAUCGAGCCAACGGCAGAUGUAUUUGCUAUAACAAUUUUCUUUUAUUAACGUUUCGGUCAAGACAGAUUUGAGAAAUUUAAUUUAAGAAAAAUGUUGAAAUAUAUUUCGUUAUUUUUAUAGGAAUAUGUUUAUUGCAUAUCAAGGAUACCGUGCGAUUUUGUGAUAUCUAUUUUGUAGAUAAAAUAAUGAAUUCGGAAUAAUAGACAUUUACGUCAUAUAUAAUUUUUACAAGUAUGUAUGUGAAUUGUUUCGCGUUUUACACAUGUAAAUUAGAAUUGAUUAGGGCUGUAGUACAUUUAUUUUAUGUGACAAACAGUUAAUUUUAAAUAAUGUUUCAUCUGAUUAUUAAUAUUAUUUUAUACGACGUUUUGGCUACGCGAGAUUAACAUAGUUCAUAACAUAUCAGUUAUGUUCUUCUCUUGUUUUUUACGACUUAAUUUAUAAAAGUUACAUUGUAAAACGUAUAUUAUAUAAUUAUAAUAAUUGAAGGGGAUUUAUGAACGACUAUGUAUAAGAAAUUAGAUUAUGCUCGCCUGGAUCUGAUACCAGAAAAUACAUCAUUUAUGUUACGAAUCAAGUUAAGAAAAUUGUUGCUGCUGUGAUUUACAAACCAUUAAAUAUUUAUCUAUAGUUGAAUUAGCAGAAGACAGUCAUGAUCAUGAUUUUGUUAGAUCUGAAUUUGCUCAAGAACAAUGAACUUGUAGUGUUUAAUUCCAAACUUGAGGAUCUGAUGUGUUGUUAACGAUAACUAUGUUAAAGAACUUAAUCAAGAAUUUAAAUGAGUAUCAAGUUACUAUUUUAUAGAUCUACACAUGUAAUUAUAAAAUAUACAUAAAAUUUUGUAACAAUAAGUAACGCAAAUUGCAUGAAAAAUUGUCGAAUAUAUGAAUCAAUCAUCUCAGCUUUCCCUCACAAACAAACAUCUUUAUAUUUUACUUUUUUCGCAAAACUAUUAUUAACCCAUAACCCAUAACCCAUAACUGCGAGAUAUAAAGGUUCAAAGUGCAGAAAAAUUUAUUUUUUAAGACAAAAUUCGGAUUUUUGAAGUGAUCGGAAGUGGUUUAGUAAAGGGUCAUUUUAAAAAUCUCGAGGAAUAAACACUAGGACUUUCUCCAUUUUUUCUGAAAGUACUGAAAGAUCCAGACAUGUAAAUUGACAAUCGUAUCAUUGAGUAUUGAAUCUCUAAUGAUUUCAGUGCGUACUUAGAUUGAAUUGUAUUUUUUACUAACUUAUAAAUAAAAUUAAAAGAAUA